AUGAUUCUCUCUUCGCACAACCCCGCCCACGGCCGGCCAGGUCUUCGGCGCAAACUCUGGAGAUACGAACGCGAAACCGGCGGGGGGAAUCCAAUUUUAUACGACUCUCUCAUUCGACGGUUCCAAACGCCUGCCGAGCGAGAAGCAGAGGGUAAGGAGAAGGGAUAUGCUCGCGUAUUGGAAGGCUCUUUGCUACGGGGGGAGGAGAAGCUCGCAAGGCUGGCGGUGGCGACGGCAACGGAUGGUAGUUCUGGCACUGAAGGCGGUGAGGAGUCACUGACGCCUACGGUAAUCGAGGGGCAAAUGGACCGGCAAAGCCAGACGACGAGAACCGUCACACAGCCUCCAAGUCAGACAAUACCGACAUUAGACGAACCAACAUCAGCCUCUACAAACACCACAUCCGGAAUGUUCGCCACUUUCACCACACCAGUCCAACAACCGCUUCCUCGCUUCGGGGGUUUGAGCGAGCCUUCUUCUUCGUCAUCUACAGCCUACACCAACAUUAACCAAACCCCACAGUCUCCUCCUCUUCCAGCGGCAACGACGGCGGUAACCACUACAGGCCUAUCAAGCACACUUCCAGUCUUAACAGGCACCGACACCCCCGCCCAGACCCGCGAAGAAGGUCUAGACCAAUGGACCGCCUUCCUGCGCGAGCGGUUCGUCCGCGGUGAAGAUGAGGAUUUUGAUUACAGGAUUGUAGACUGCGAUGACGAGCUUGAUACCCUGGAGAGAAGAGAAGAAGAAGAGGCGUGGUUUGAUGAGGAGGAACCUGAUUGGGCUAGCGACGGUAGUGAUGGGGAGGAGAAGGCUGAGAGAGUGUUGGAGGGAGAGACAGGGGUGCAGGAUUUUUGA